AUGCAGGCGAAGUUGAAAUUAAAUCAAAAGCCAGAAUCCGAUGGAACGAAUUGGAAAACUCCAAAGAUAGAUCUCUCUGUUGAUAUGGAAGCGUUAGCAUUGGCGAUUGGUAAAUACCAAUAUCAGGAUAUUUUACUGUUCCUUGAGGCGCAGGAAAGGUUCAAUCUCGCAACGCAGUAUUUGAAGUACCGCCCACAUCUUAAUGAGUAUCGUGGACAUUACAAAGAAUGGUGGCAUUUUGCCUACAAAGCUAUAUUGGAAGAGAAAGUUCGUCGUCGAAGGAACAAUUGGUCGUGGCCGAGAAUGCGCGCUCAUAGAAAGCUUGUCCGUGAAUAUCGAGAUGCGUGGGUGAAACAACAAACAACCAGAAAUCCUGGGUCCGAUGUCACGGAUAUUAUCAAGAAAGCAGAGGAGCAACUGGAUGUGUUUAAUGUGAACGUUGCUCGGCAACAGGCUGAAAUGGAUAUCGAUCGUAAGGGACUGAAGAGAGUUGAAGAUCAACCUCAAGGAUGGCUUGCAUGGGGAGCUAGUUGGUUUGGUGGUGGUGGCGGUGAAGAGCAAGCUGCUAAUAAAAAGUCAACGAAAGACUUUGCUGCUCAAUUCAAUGAAGCGAUGACUCCGGAAGAGAAGGAGAAACUUUUUGAAGCCAUCGACUAUCAGGAGAAUAUGCCACCUACGAAUUAUCCGAAGGAGUUUGUGGAAAACAAGGUUGAUUUCCGCUUGAAGCAGGUGGCUGUAGCUGUAGAUGGUGCUGUAUCGUUGAAUCUCCUUGAUUUGAGAGCCCAUUUGGAACAACGUCCGAGCGCAAACGCCAUGAACCUGUUAUCGUCGAUCCAAGAGCUCAGAAUGGACGGUUGUGGAGCAGAAAUGUUGCGUGUGAGGGAUCCAUCGAAACCGUGGCUUAACAUGUGUGUGGAUACGAAUCCUCUCCAUGGAAAAUAUGACCAGUCGGUUCAAUUAGCCAUAGCGCCCAUCAAUUUGAAAUACCAUGCACCUGCUGUAAACAGCGCUAUUGAUGUCUUCAAACCUCCAGAAUCGGUGAAACUGAAUCAACUGGCUGCAGCGGCUAUGUCUCGUUACGAAGAGGUCAAAGCCCGAUCUGUAACUGGAUUGGCGCAUGCGGUUGAGAAUCGGUCUCGUCUUGUAUUGGACAUCCAAAUUCAACCCACCACCAUCUAUGUUUCUCAAGGAGGAGUGUACGACUCUCAGAAGCCGACUAUUUUGGCUGAUCUCGGUCAUCUCAGUGUUACAACAGUGGAAAGUGAUCCUAGUGCGAUAGCAGGAAAAGAUAAGCUUCAUCAGUUGAUGGACUUAGCGUAUGACAAGUUCCGUAUAAAACUCAGUAAUGUUGUGGUUUGCAUGGCCGAUAAUGUGGAGCAAGGCCGUGCAGCACUGUCAGAUAAGAAUAGUCCUUUGCACAUACUGAAACCAACAGGUCUUGAUAUUAGAUUCCACAAAUGUUCCAUAGAUGAUCUUAGACUCCCAAGGAUACGACUUAUGGGUGCACUACCAGAUAUUGUUGUGGGAAUAUCGGAUACUCGAUUGUUACUUUUAACUCAUGUGUUGCUAUCGAUCCCAACACCGGAACCUGAUCCAACCCCGGCUGUAGUAGAGGUGAAAUUGCCUGAAGACGUGAAUCUCAAGGCACGAGCCAAAAUGAAGACCAUCAUGGAGACGCAGGAGAUAGAAACAGCGGAGGAGAAAAAGGAAGAGGGAAAGCAGACUGAAGGUGAGGAAUCAAAAAAGAAUGAACAGCAAAUUCAAGUAGAAUUGGAUCUGCACUUGAAUCAGAUUGGUCUUGUUGUUAUGCGUGGAGAUGAUGUGUUGUGCGAUGUUUCAAUUGUCCGAAUGGGUUGCAAGUUACAAAUGCGAACUUUCGACAUGGUUGUGACAGCUGAGUUGGGUGCAAUUCGUAUUUCGAUGCCAUUAUUCAAGUCUCUGGAUCUUAAGAGAAAGAACCUUUACCUGAUCGAUAACGACGAACAGGAAGGUUCCCUGAUGACUUUGAAAUUUGUUCAGGCUAAUCCUGAGUCGCCUUUCUUCGCAACUGAAUACCGCAUGACAGAACAGGCGAUCGACUUCAAAUUCAGAAAGCUUAACAUAGCCCUUCACCAGGAAGGCCUGUUAGAACUGAAAAUGUUCGGUGAAAAGAUGCAAAGAGAGAUUAAUGCCCUGAAACCAGGAAAAGAAGGACAAAUUGAGGAGGCUAUUGAAACGGGCCGAAAGCUCAGUAGACAACUUAGUCAGAGGAAAAGACGUGGACGUAGUUCUUCAACGGAUGUGGAGGAAGAUCGUACCAUCAAAAUGCGUCUGGACGCAUCCGUUGGUAGUCUGGCUGUGAUGAUGGGCACCGAGAAAUCGGUUGACACAUUGGUUGCCAUAGAAAAUAUUCAAGCUAAUGUGAAAAUGACAGAGAAAGCAAUGGAUGUUGUUGUACUGAAACUGUGGAGGAUGGAAUAUGACAGAAGGGACUCUAUAGGUAAGAGCAACUGA